CGAGGUAUUCACCAAAAUGUUUGUGAAUGGUGAUCCUCUGCCCCAGUGUCCUGUCGUCGGUCCGUUUGAGGAAAUCGGAUGGCAAACGCAAUGCCCAGUGUCCAGUCAAUGGUCGAAACCACCAGUGAAAAACGUGUGCGGUUACAAUGUUUACAGCGCCAACGUUAACGGUGCUUUUUCCACUCAGUGCUAUAAUAAUAACGUAUUCGUUUGUGACAACCCUGGAUUCGAUCAGUUUUAUUCGGAACAACCUAUAACCAAUGGGCAAAUUUUCUACCCUAGGGUUGCCCCGCAUCCGCAACUUAUGCAGCCAAAUUUGCCAUGCCAACAAAGGCAAGAAUGGAAUUAUAAUAGCAUGUGCUAUAAUGUAAAUGGUACACCGUGCCAGUUUACAAAUGUCGUAGAUUUGGAAGAUUUUAUGAACAAUGAAAAGAGGAAGGAGAAAUCUCGCGUGGCGGCACGAUGUAGACGCACUAAGGAGAUGCAGAUCUUCGCCGAGCUGACCACGGCGCUGCCGGCCAAGAAGGAGGAGGUGGAGCAGCUGGACAAGGCGUCCGUGAUGCGGCUGGCCAUCUCGUACCUGCGCGUCCGUGAUGUUGUGUCGAUGCUGCCCGCCGAUACGGAACCGCCUAAGCUGCAAAGCCCAAAAGGUCUGGAGGAGGUGCAAUCUGAGCUGUCGUACAUGCAAGCGCUCGACGGCUUCGUGUUCGUGCUGUCCCAGCAAGGGGACAUAGUGUACUGUAGCGAGAACAUCGCUGAACAUCUUGGUGUGUCCCAGAUGGAAAUAAUGGGGCAGAGUGUCUUCGAAUUCAGUCACCCGUGCGACCACGAUGAGAUUCGUGACGCGCUGCGGUCCAGCAAUGUUGGCAGGCGCGAUCUGCUGCUGCGUCUCAAGUGCACGCUCACCAGCAAGGGGCGGAACGUGCACCUCAAGUCCGCUUCUUAUAAGGUGAUACACGUCACUGGCCACAUGUUAACCGACGAAAAAGCCAAGAUAAUUGAAAACAACAACACGGAAGACGAAGACAGUAAGGACGGCACGAAGAAAUUCAAUAAAAAUGGCGCGCUCGUGGCUGUAGCUCGCCCGAUACCGCACCCGUCGAAUAUUGAGAUUCCUCUGGACAGCAAGACGUUCCUGUCCAAGCAUAGUCUGGAUAUGAAGUUUACUUACACUGAUGAUGGUUUAAUGAAUACCCUUGGAUUCGACUCCAGCGAGUUGAUCGGUCGUUCUGCAUACGACUACCAUCACGCCGCAGACAGCGCAUCUUUGGUACAUCAAUUCAAGUCGCUGUUCUCGAAGGGACAAUGCGAAACCCGGCAGUACCGCUUCCUCGCCAAAACUGGCGGCUACGCUUGGGUUCAGACCCAAGCUACGGUCAUCACCGACAAACAACAGAAGCCUGUCAGCGUAGUCUGCGUCAAUUACGUCAUAAGCGGUAUCGAGUGCAAAGAUGAGGUAUUUGCUGCACACCAAGUGCAGCAUGCGGACCUGAAACCAGUUGUGAGCGCGAUAGCUUCAGCGCCGCUCGCUGCCGCAUCGGCCCCAGUCCAGGAACCGGCUAACGGCGCCAUUGUGGCCGCUAUCCUCCCGGAGGAAGAGCGCCCCAUACCCGUCACUGAACUUAUAUUUGCACCGAGAAAGAAGGAAAUGAACAAAGGCUUUCUCAUGUUCUCUCAAGAAGAGGGACUUACAAGUGAGUGGACCUUGAACCGCAACAGCUUAGUGCUCAAGGACGAGCCCGAGGAUCUCACACAUUUGGCCCCGACGGCUGGAGACGCCUGCAUACCUUUGGAAAAUAGUCCCUUUGACAUGUUCGACGAAUUUAUCCUGGACGACAAUUAUUGUAGUCUACUCGGUGAUGACCUAGCAAAUGGAUCACCCGUAGAUUCUUUGAUUGCAGAUUCACUGCUUUCGUCUCCUGAGCGACAGGAGAACGAAUCAUCAGGCGAGCAAUCGUCAUUGUUAACAGAGUUGUCAUUGGAUGCGUUUGAAAGCGCAAGGUCCGAUAAUGAUAUCGAUGAUGGAAACUCCCCUUUUAUUCCCGCCACUGACGAGUUGCCCGUAUUGGAGCCAGCCGUCAUGUGGGGAGCGCUACCGGACAACGUCCGCCAGGCCAGGCCCCAACCAUCUGAAGCGCAAACGACGGCGCCGGCAUUACAACGCCUACUAGCCGCGCCACCCACAGGGCCUCCACCGCAGGAUCUCAUUACAAAUAUUUAUUCAGACCAAGGACUUAUUCCCAGUAGGAGUAUAUCUUCAUGGGACACGGGAGUGAAGAGGGUGUUGAAACAAGACGAGGAGCCCUGUGCAAAGCGUGCGAAGCGCAGUCCCUCCCCGGCGCCGACCGUACCGAGCACUCCCUCGUCGAGCGUCCUCAUGAACCUCCUGGAUAUGCAGCAACUGCCUACACAACAAGUCACCGGGAAGAUGGCGCCGAACUACCAACUCGUGCUGAACUCGCAAAGACUUCUACCGCAGAAUCAACUGGACAGAAAUAUCCCUAUACCUGUCAUAAACAUAAUACAAGCCGUUCCAAAUAAACAAAUGAUGUGUGCCAAUACACCGCUAGCCAAUGUCCCAAUUAUGCGCUCGAAUCCACCAAGUAAUCCUAUGUCACCGUUGAGUUUAAACAUAAGUAGCCCGAUGUAUUCCCUACCGUCCAGCCCGAAUACAAACUACAGCCCCGCAAUUAGUCCAGUACAGAAAGAUCGCGUGCUCAGCCCCUAUUCGACCCCUCAGUCUUUGUCACCCGCGAGCAAUUACAGCCAAAUGUACAGCCCUGGAAGUAGGCUCAUAUCACCGACUGGCGUUAUGCAGGGCUACGAUCCUUACCUAACCAACAAAAUGCAAACCAGCCCCGGGUUCCCACUCCAAAGCAACGAAAUGUUGUUGGACUCCAACAUGGCGCUAACUUCCAAUGAUUUCUGGCCAGAGCCGGACGUCCUCCAGGGCACGAACGAGCUGUUGACCGCUUUUGAUGAUGUCAAACUAGGUUAAGCGUUGAUUUGUUUGAAUGAUGAGUGAUUUCUUAAUAUAAUGGAAGUGUUGUGGGAGUGCUGAAUAUACACAGAGUCCGAUAAAACUGCUACAUGCAUUUGUUUCUAUUCAAAUCUUCACACAAACAUUCCGAAAGAUUUGGUGCUAGGGAUAAGGUGACAGUAAACGAUUAUUUGAAAGAGAAAUCACUCGAAUGAAUGCAGGGUCUUUAUAUGUAUAUUGUAAAUUAUGCUUCAAUUUUAUUCCUACUUUUUUCCGAUCUAUCUUGUAGUUACCGGAUGUUUUAUAAAUAUAUAUUGCACAAUAAUGCCUGAAUAUACAUACAUAGACUUUAUAUGCAACACAGUUUUUAUACUUUUAAAAACUUAGGAUUUUAACUUCAACGGUACCUUAAGUACAAUAAUGAAGUUAAAAUUCUAAAUGAUAUCUAAGUAUUAACCAAAUGUAGUCCAAUUGUUCAAUAUGAUUGUUACUUUUUGGAAGCAUUUUGAUGAUCAAAUGCGUGAGAAUGCUGUAGAGCAUAUUAUAUUGGUACUUUAUUUAAGAUUUUAGUUUAAUUAUUUUAAGAGUGGGUGAAAGUAAGUGUAAGUGAAUUAUUAUUGAUAUAAUUGAAUAUAUUUUUUUCAAACUAUUUGACAUCAAUGUUGAUCAUUUUUAUAAUUUACAUUAAAAUUUGUUCUUUUUAAUCUAAUAAUAGUAUAGGUUUUGAUCAAAGUUAUAAUAUACUCAAUAGAUAUUAAGAUAGCUGUUUAUGCAAGACCUCAGUCAGAAUCAAUAAUAAAAAUCAUGACAGGGUCUGUGUAACGGCUCGACAUUUGUCGUAGUUUAUGUUGAAGUAUAGUUUUAUUUUAGGGGAUCAUGUGUACCGAAGUACCUAUAUCUACACGCUCGAAUAUUUUAUACCGUUUUAUUUCCCCUGCAUACUUUACAUAAUAAACAUUAAUUUACAU